UGGUUCACGUGUGUGGGUCUGUGUUAGUGUGUGUGGAUACCCACAGCCUGUGUAUUCUAUUCCUCCUCCAAAGCUCGGCGUCAAGUCUGUGUGUUUUGGCUGAGCCCGGAUCGCACAGCGGUCCGUGAACGCAUCACAAGGACGUCCAGACGCAACAAGAGACACAACACACACAGAAAUCAAAGAUGUCUGGGACUGCAUCUGCCACCGCAAAGAUGAAGAAGGACGAGUCUUUUCUGGGUAAACUAGGAGGAACCCUGGCGCGGAGGAAGAAAUCUAAAGAAGUGAGCGAUCUUCAUGAGGAGGGGAGGAAUGCCAUCAAUGCUCCCAUGCUGCCUUCAGGGACAGACAUCCACCCAGAAGACACAAUGCUGGAGGAAAACUCUGAGAGGAUCAUGUUGGACCCAACGUCGAGGGAAAAUCUUAAAUUUAAAGAUCUGCUGAAGGUCCUGAUCGACUGGAUCAACAGUGAAUUAGAGGAAGAAAGGAUCAUAGUGAAAGACCUGGAGGAGGACUGUUAUGACGGACAGGUUCUCCAGAAGCUGUUUGAGAAGCUGUCAGGCAGGAAGCUGAAUGUGGCAGAGGUGACGCAGUCUGAGAUUGGUCAGAAGCAGAAACUUCAGACCGUCCUGGAGGCUGUAAACGAAUUGCUGAGGCCUCACGGCUGGUCCGUCGAGUGGAGCGUGGACUCUGUCCAUUCAAAGAACCUAGUGGCUAUUGUGUAUCUGCUGGUGGCUCUCGCGAUGCAUUUCCAGGCUCCCAUCAGACUGCCUGAACAUGUUUCUGUACAGGUGGUGGUCGUCAAGAAGCGAGAAGGCAUUCUGCAGACCGCUAUAGUGAACAAGGAGCUGACGAGCACCACAGAAAUGAUGUUGGGCAGAUUUGAGAGAGAUGCCUUUGACACUUUGCUGGAUCACGCACCAGACAAACUCAACGUGGUAAAAACGUCACUUAUUACCUUCGUGAACAAACAUCUGAACAAGCUUAACCUGGAAGUGACCGAACUAGAAUCUCAGUUUGCAGAUGGCGUGUACCUGAUUUUGUUGAUGGGUCUGUUAGAAGACUACUUUGUUCCCCUGUACAACUUCUUUCUCACACCUGAAAGCUUUGAACAGAAGGUCCACAAUGUGGCAUUUGCCUUUGAGCUGAUGCAGGAUGGAGGCCUGAAGAAACCCAAAGCCAGACCAGAAGAUGUUGUUAACCUGAACCUGAAGUCCACCCUCAGAGUCCUGUACAACCUGUUCACCAACUACAAAAACACUGAGUGACCUCCUCCAGUUCCCCCUCCCCCCUGGUAAUUCACCAAACGCUGCCCUGUGCCGGUGCAGUGCCGUCGGGACACCGGAGCUCACCAACUGGGACUGAAAGUCAUUAUUAUGUGGGACUUAAAAAGACCCAGGGGGAGUAGCCCGAAAAAGGCUCCGAAUGUUAGUAUUUAAUCUUCCCCAAAUGUCAGUAUUUAUUUAGUCCUCCCUUGAAUGUUAACUGCAACCCAGGAAACCCUGCAACCUUUCAGUCCGCAUUUGAAUACACAAUUGUCACGGGAAAAAUGUAUGAGGGCAGAAUGCUAAAACAGGAAAAAAAAAAAAUGGAUGUACUGUAUGUUUGAAAUUCAACUCAUUAGUCUCAGAUGAUUAUUUACAAAAAUAGUUUGAGAUUUGGAGCGUUUGCUUUAGGCCCAGAGACACCUCUGUUGUUUCUGUUGAUUCAUUAGGAUGCAAAAGAGCAACAGACAAGCUUAGCUUAACAACAGGAAAUGGGGAAACAGCUACUCAGGCUAUGUCCGAAGGUAAAGAAGAUCCAGCUUAUCUUAUUUCUCUCACCUGAAAAUGGCUUAGAAAUCCAUUCUGAAGUAUAAAAAUAACUGUUAGUUGUUUUACAUGAGGAAAUGGACUAUUUAUUUCCAACCAGGUGAAGUGAGCAGUUACAUUGUGAGCCAAGUGAAUCAAAGUUUAUGUUUUUGUAUACACAGUAUGGCCAA